CAGGCAAAUCUUUGCAGCCCUCAGAGUCUUGUGCCGUUCAUCGCUGUGAGUUUAGCCAGCUGUCAGUUUGUUCUGUGGCCUCAACAUUUGUGUUUUCUCUCAGUGUUCACAUGUUAGGGAGUUUAUAAUAAAGGCUUCGUUUGUCAAAAUGCCCAAAGGAGGUAAGAAAGGUGGCCACAAGGGUCGCGUGCGGACGUACACCAGCCCAGAAGAGAUAGACGCUCAGAUGAAGGCAGAGAAGGAGAGAAAAAGGCAAGAGCAGGAAGAAGAGGAGCAGGAGGGAGCAGCUCAGAAUGACACGGCAGAGGAGAAGUUACCAGCAUCAGGAUCAGAGGAUAGCGAUGAUGAAAAUUCACAGAGGAGGAGAGCAGGUGUGGAGGGCUUGAUAGAAAUCGAGAACCCCAACAGAGUGGCUCAGAAGUCCAAGAAGGUGACGCAGAUUGAGCUGGAUGAACCUAAGCAGUUAUCAAGGAGAGAGAGAGAAGAGAUUGAGAAGCAGAAAGCGAAGGAGCGGUACAUGAAGAUGCACUUGGCAGGGAAGACAGACCAGGCCAAAGCCGACCUCGCUCGCCUUGCCAUUAUCCGGAAACAGAGAGAGGAGGCGGCAAAAAAGAAAGAAGAAGAGAAAAAAGCAAAAGAAGCAGCAGCAGCAGCAGCUAGAGGAAUAAACUCCCUCUCCCUGAAAUGAUGCAGAGUAUUUAUCAGAGGCAUUUUCACAUGUUUGUGGACUGGCGCAAUAUAUAUAUAUGACUAUUUUUAAAGGAAGAGCUAUGAAGAGAUUAUUUGACAUUACUGUAACAUACAUUUAACCAUUUGGAAAAUGGUUGAGGAGUCACCAGUGGAGAGGGGUUGUGUAUGUUUUGGCAUGGAUUAUGGCCUCGUUGAUCCUUCCAGGAAGUACAGCUACAAUUGAGAAUACAUCGGUCUUCGCGUACACUUGGAAUAAACCCCGUCUAACCAAUAAGCUUGUACAUGAUAUUAAUAAUGAUUAUACUUAUCAUUGUACAAUUCCAACUUUGCUAACUCAGCUUUGCCACCAUGUUUUUUUGGGAUCUUACAUACAUGUAUAUAACUGACUCAUGAAAAUAUUUCAGAUUAAUAUGAUGAAACCAGAGAAAUGUGUGUGUUCAUUUCUUUGUUUGCUUUAUUCCUUUGUGAGAAAAUGGUCACAUGGUUUGGAGCAGGCUUUCUCAACCUCAGGUGCCAGAGUCCACGUUGGAUCCAACUGAUAUGAAAAUGAAAUGAGUCAAUAUUGCAGAUGUUUAUUUUAGAAUAGAAGAGGUCAAAUGUGGCAGUUCACAGAAGGCUCUGAAACACCAUUUAACAGGAUGACAUUUAUACAAAAUAUAAGUGAAGAGGUAAAUCAGUGAAAUGGUUUAAUAAAAUUAAAAUGAGCUAA